GGUCAGAGAGAGACAAGAUGAGUUCUCAUCUGGCCAAAUACCGGCUCAACAAAGGCAACCUGAAGCAGGUCAAGAUUCGUGAAACUUUGGUCGCUAUCUCGCAGCCAGAGGAUCUCCAUCUGCAUGUUGAUCUAUCCUCUAGACCUACCGUUCAUUAGGCUGUAUAGGUAUAGCCGCGGAACCCGUUCACUGGGAGGAAAGUGGGCUGGUGUCUGUUAUUAUACACAAACCCAGAAAGUUGAGUUCCCUAAGAGAAGGCGAUCAAGUGCGUUGAGAAGCAAUACGAAAUAUUUCUGAGCCCGGCUGCAUCGUUUAUCACAUCUUUGUUUUACUACGACUAAGACAAUUCGGUAUUUUGACUACGUUGAUCAGACUUUCUUGUGUUGUCAACAUCAGACACUAGUAAGCACAAUAACCUUCCGCUCUCUCUGACAUCAUGGUCAAUGAGAGAUCCCCUGCCAGGCCAAGCGACACCAGUCGAGGCAAAGCAACCCUCCCUAGCACUUUUCAGCAAUACACGCCAGCCGCCGCUGCUGGUAUGGAUCGCAAUCGGGAGCUGCCUGCUGCGCUGAGCCUCUCAGGUACUCCUGGACUUCUCCUACAGAACAGCUACCCACUGCCCGGUGGCAACCUAUGUAUUGAUCUCACCCAGGACGAGGAUUGAUCUCCAAAGCGUAAUGACUCAAAGUGGCAAGCUGCGAGAUAGUGUAGUGCGAUUCGAAGAGGCCAGAGCCUUGAAGCACAACCUCUUGACUUUUUGACAGUACCAUUUUACUGAUUGAUGUUUCUACUCUACACUCAAUCACCCCAAUCAUGCACACUGGGAAACGACGAAAUCAAGCAUAGGUCGAGCACUGCAUUUCAGAGUCUGGCCGUUCUUCCAAAGCCAGAAGAUUAAAGCCACCGGACACUUGCAAAAGUCUUUCGGCUGUCUGAAAGGAGGUGCCAGAAAGAAACCAAGAACAAGGCCUCUAGCAGUAAGAAAGAGCCUUGUCUCCUUGUUGAUUCCACCUUUGACGAAGCGCCGGCUGAUGAAGCAAGCCCUGAGCUCAUUGCUCGUGCAUCUCGGUUUGCCAGACGACAUGAAGUUGUUUGUCGUGGGUGGAUCGACAAAUGGCGGAUCAACCCUUCAUGGGAUUGUGAGAUGACCGAGUCUGGCAGUAAGUCUUGGGUCUAUUGAUACAUCUAGCCUAGCUACAAGUACACCGUUGCCAUCAAACACUUUGUACCCAUGGUAAAUCACAAUGCGGCCCAAAAGAAACCUGCCGAGCCAGUUCUCAUGAACCCAGCCUACAUCAGUCUGGAGUGCAAGCGGGCCAAGUCCUUCAUGUCUGGCUGCUGCCCGCGAGUUUCACGCUUUCUUGUCACGCACUUAGGGUCCCUUACCUCCGGCCAACAACGCCUCUUGCCUUUGAUUAUCGACGCCUCUUUUCUCUAUUUAGUAGAGCUCUCCUCCACGAUGGAUCAGAUGACGCUUCCAUCCACUGCACCCACACACAACGAGCGUGAAGAGGCAGCGCAGAUCCUGACCGACAUGUCAGACCAGGGCCCUCCUCAGCAUCCGCAGGCGCCUUACUCCUGCCUCUAUCUACAGUGGCUCCAAAAGACAACGCUCACCCUGUUCGAUAACCCAAGGGGGCAAACCGCCACAGGGGCAAUCAAAGCAGAGAACUCAAUAUUAACCAGCAACUCUCAGAGCGAUCAUAUCUAUAAUGCUACCCAGAUCUAUCAAUCACACACAACUUACUGAACCAGUCUAGGACAUGAACUGGACGGUCAGUCAACAAGAAGAUAUAAUUUCUCAUCCUCUGGGCAACCGGUUCAAAGCGAGGAUCCAAGAGCUUUCAACUGAGAACCCAGAGAGGGGCGAGAUUGACGCGCAGUCACGAUUAUCCUACGAAG